UUUAGGUAAUCCAUCCAUUCUAUUUUCGGCAAACCUACACUGUCGCAUGUUAAAUUUUUAUGUGAGAAGAAAUAAUGCCUGCGAAAACAGUUCUGAUGGCGCAACAAUCUCAAUUUAGAAAACUUGAUAUUGACGAUACUGUGAUUGAUAAUUUUUUAACUGAUGAACCUAAUACUGAAGGUUUGAAAAAAGUAUUUAAUGAAAAUGAUUUGAAACACCUGCUACAAAGUGGUAGGAAUAUUGAAGCACUAAGGUUUAUAUUAGAUUAUGCACCUACAGGUGUUAAAGAUGUUCACUCUCGAGAAAAGAUUUUUAAAAAUGUCAUGCAAACUGUAUAUUCAUUUAAAUCUGGCGAUAUCAAUUCUGCCAUUAAUAAUUUAACAAAGGAUAAUUUAGACACUUUAAUGAAAUAUAUAUAUAAAGGCUUUGAAUACCCUGAAGGUGGUAAUUCUUCCAUACUUUUAAAUUGGCAUGAAAAAAUUUUUAAUGUUACUGGAUAUGGAAGCAUAAUAAGGACAAUGACAGAUAGAAAAAAAAUAUAUUAAUUUAUUUUGAUAAAUGGGAUCAUAUUAAAAUAUAAUUUUUUUUAUACUUUUAUUUUACAUAUUAGUCUAAUUUAUUUCUUUUAUUUUUCUUUGAUGAAUUUUAUAUAUUAAAUUAUAAUAUUUUGAUUAUAUACUUGUCUCUAUGAUAUAGUAUUUUGUUUUGACAUACUAAUGAAUAAA